UUCAGAGGGCAGCACUCCAGGGAUAACUGUGGGCCAGUGCCAAGAGCCAGCAUUUCUCACUCCCCUCCCACCCGCCUCCGCCCCUGCCACACACCCCGAUAUAGAAUGACAGCACAUUGCCACAAUUUAAAUGACUCUGCCUCUGCCCCCGUGGAAGGACAGGUCCUCCAGAGAGCACCAGCCACAGCAGCUGUCCAUUCUCCCAGAAAAAAUCUUCAUCAUGGCCUACAAAGCAGCACAUUUGGCCUUUAAGUCGCGCUGGCACAAGACGGAUGAAGAGCUCUGUCGGCACAGCAUGUCCUUUGUCUUGCACAAGGCCAUCCAGAACGACUUCUUCAAGUGCUACCUUUACCUGCUGGAAAAGCUCCCCCUGGUGAAACUUUAUGCUCUGACAAGCCAAGUCAUCAACGGGGAGAUGCAGUUCUACGCCAGGGCCAAACACUUCUACCGGGAGGUGCCGGCCACGGAGGAGGGAAUGAUGGGAGACUACAUCGAGCUCUCCAACACCGACGUCGAAUCCUCACGGGAAUUCCUCAGGAAGUUUGUUGGGGGGGUGGGGAAAGCUGGCACCAGCCGUGCCCUGGACUGUGGCUCUGGGAUAGGUCGGAUCAGCAAGCACGUCCUGCUGCCGGUUUUCAAGAGUGUGGAGCUGGUGGAUAUGAUGGAGAAUUUCCUGGCUGAGGUCCCAAACUACCUGCAGGGCAAGGAGGACAGAGUGGAGAUGUAUUACUGCAAAAGCCUCCAGGAAUUCACACCGGCCCCUAAAAGAUACGACGUCAUCUGGAUUCAGUGGGUGUCAGGAUAUCUGACAGACAAAGAUCUCCUGGAGUUCCUCAUCCGCUGCCAGGGUGGCCUGAAGGAUAACGGCGUCAUCAUCCUGAAGGACAAUGUGGCCAGGGAGGGCUGCACCCUGGACUGCCUGGACAGCAGCGUGAUCCGAGACCUGAACAUCCUGCACAGCCUCAUCGAGAUGAGCGGCCUCACCAUCCUGCGCGAGGAGAGGCAGCAGGGCUUCCCCGAGCAGUGUGUCCCUGUCUGGAUGCUGGCCAUGCAGAAGGGCCCUGGCCACUCCUGA